AUGACCUUAAGAAGCACUGCAAUACUUGUAGAAGUCGAUGAGCCUCCAAAUGAACCGGACUUGCCAGAAAUUGUUGUUGAACCUGAUGUUGCACCGGAACCUCCAAAAUCUGAAGUGGAACCUCCAGCUGAGCCUGCAGAACCAGCUGUUGUUGCUGAUGUAGAUGGCAUGCCAGUGGAAGGAUUAAUUUCUGUCCCUGUGUCUUCAAAGUCAGAAAGCGAGGGCCAGGACCAGGAAGCACAUCAGUUUGGGAGUAUAGCUAAAGAACCGACGAGAGACGCAUCGGGAUCAAUUUCCGGAGAUGGUAAAAAAAAGCGAGACAAAAGAAGAAAAUCUAAGGAGAAAGCCAUACAUGCUGGACUAAAUCUAAGAGCUAAUUACAAAGUCAUUGUUGACGGUCAAGAUGUCACACCAAAAACUUUAUAUGAUAACACUUAUCAAGGAUUUGAAGAGAAACAACUUAUUGCAUUGGAUUUAGUGACAGGUGUUCAAUCCCAGCUGGUGGGAUAUGGUACUGGUUUAAUAGCAGGAGAUGGUUCUGAAGAUGGAGCAGCCAAAAUCAGCAAUAUUUUCCAUGAUCCAAAUCUGAAACCAUUGUCUUUUGAUAUGCACAGUACAGAUUUAGACGAAAUGACGACUUUGGAAUAUGAAAUAUCGACUAAACCUGAUGUUGUCGAUGAUGGCAUGGAACGGGCCCCUUCGCCCUUCAAUAUACCAAAAAUACCAGAACCCACAACUUGGCCGAAAUCUUUUAGUCUUGUACUUAAGGAAACUGAAACUAUUUUUUUGUUCGACAUGCAGAGUGAAACUGUUGAGAAAGGUUCUUACGAAGCUGAACAGGUAGAAGCUGAUAAUGAGUUAUACGAAUAUCUUACCGAAGGCAAAGGUCGAAAGCGCAAAAUGACCUCGCAGUACACUCAAACUCCUUUGCUGCUCACAAAAAGCCGUUACACUUUAGCUGAACGAAGUACUACUCGAAAUAGUGAAACAUUUGCCAGUGAAUGGGAAAUGUUGGACACCUAUACAGCUAUUGAAGAAGCUGCCAAAAAUGUGGUAAUUUUAGACCCAGAAGAUUCACAAAGUCCCUACAUGAUUCAUCACGCCAAAUUAAAAUUGGAAACGGUGCAGAACGAAUUGGAGAAAGAAGCUAUACAGGCACAGCAGAUCAUAAAUAAACCUAGCUUUAAAAGUGCUUUGAUGGUAAUUGAACGCUUAUUGGCUAGUAAUGUUUAUGAAGAAUGCCAAAAAAAAUUUAGAGGUUUAAUAGUAUCUGAUCCCACCAGGUUAGACCUUAAAUAUAACUACAGAUUAGAUUUAUUGUGGACUUUAAUAACCCAAUACCAAGGACGAAGUGUAAACGGCGUUAAAUGGAAUCCAGUAAACGAAGAUGUUCUGGCUGUGGGUUAUGGAAGAUUUUACUACGGUGAUCCACAAACAGGAUUAGUUGCAAUAUGGAACAUCAAAAAUCCAACGCAACCUGAGAGGGAGUUUUCCUUUAAAACUCCAAUAACAUCACUCGCCUUCUCCCAAGCUAAUCCACAUUUACUAGCUGUUGGUUUCUACGAUGGCGAUGUGAUCGUUAUAGAUAUAUCCUGUUCAGAAUUGUGUAUCGUAAGUCAAAGUGACAGAUUCAAAUCCCGCACCUUUGAGCCGAUAUGGCAAAUAAAAUGGUACAACGAUGAAUAUUCAGAUUCGGAAUUCGUCAUGUGCACUGGCCAAGAUGGUAGAAUCAGUCGUUACCAGAGGACCAAAACUACAGAAAUGGUGUAUUCCCAGUUAAUGCGUGUUUGUCGUUUGGAAGGCGAAGUGCAAGGUGUCCACAGGCCUAGGCGUUGCAUAAGCGACGAGGUCAAUAUCUGUAGAUAUCCGGCCGCGUUGGUUUUAAGAAGACACCCGACAAGCCGUGACAUAUAUUUUAUAGGCACUGAUGAGGGUUGUUUGUACAAAUGCUCAAUCAACUACCCAAAUCAGCACCUGGCUGUAAUUUUAGCCCAUACAGGUCCAAUAUUUGCAAUUGAAUUUUCACCUUUUGCUAGGAAGAUUUAUCUAACUUGCGGAGGAGACUGGUAUUUCCGUUUAUGGGCGGAAGGAAUCGAUACUCCGAUUUUGUCUAUGAAAACAGGCAUGUGCCCAGUUCAGAGCAUAAGUUGGAGCCCUAUACAUUCCUAUAUAGCAUGUGCUACCGGAAACACUGUGCAAAUGUGGGAUUUGAGCCGCAAAAUGUUUUCUCCAUCUGGCGUAACGGAACUAGAAGCAUUAGUGACCAUAGUGAACUUUACCAGUUCUGGAAAUAGUAUCGUAGUCGCCACUGUGGAAGGAGCUGUCCACACUUUUACUUUAGAAGACAUGCCGUAUCCUCCAUACUAUCAAAGCAAAUUGUUGAUUUCCUGCAUUAAAAAGGCUCUUAUCGGCAACCCUGAAUUGGUAAAAGACCUAGAGAAACUAAACUUGGAUAAAAACUGA